CCGAGGGGAGGGAAGAGGGAAAAAGGAAAAAAAAAAAAAAAAAAAAAGAGGAGAAAGAGGAAAAGGAAGAGGGCAGAGCGCCGCGCACGGACCGCGGGCAGCCCCGUCCCGCUCCCAGCAUGUUCCAGUGGAAGAAGACCAUCUACAAAACGCUUUGCCUGUCCUUCCUGCUGGUGGUGACGGUGACGGUGCUGCAGCGGGGAAUGGCCCCCAGCCAGUUCAUGCAGGGCCAGCAGCCGAAGGAGCUGCCCCCUGCCGAGCCCCUGAAAACGCAGAAGAGAGGCGAGGCCUUCUCCGUCACCAGCACCUUCUGGAACAGCAAGAAGGAGAAGGCUCCCGGGAAGCAGGAGGAGAAGGAGGAGGAGGAGGAGAGGGCGACGGAGAAGCAAGCGAGGUCGUGGGACAUCGUCACCUCCAACUGCUCGGCCAACCAAAACCUCAGCCAGGCGGAGUGGUUCAAGGGGCUGGAGCCCCACUUCCAGCAGUUCCUGCUCUACCGGCACUGCCGCUACUUCCCCAUGCUGAUCAACCACCCCGAGAAGUGCAGCGGGGGCGUCUACCUGCUCAUCGUGGUCAAGUCCAUCGUCACGCAGCACGACCGCCGCGAGGCCAUCCGCAGGACCUGGGGCCAGGAGAAGGAGGUGGAGGGCAAGAAGAUCAGGACGCUCUUCUUGCUGGGCACGGCCGCCAAGGAGGAGGAGAAAGCCAACUACCAGAAGCUGCUGGAUUACGAGAACCACAUCUACGGGGACAUCCUGCAGUGGGAUUUCCUGGACAGCUUCUUCAACCUGACCCUCAAGGAGGUGCACUUCCUGAAGUGGCUCAACAUCUACUGCGACAACGUCCACUUCGUCUUCAAGGGCGACGAUGACGUCUUCGUGAGCCCCAGCAACAUCCUGGAGUACCUGGAGGACAAGACGGAGGGAGAGGACCUCUUCGUGGGGGACGUCCUCUACAAGGCCCGGCCGAUCAGGAAGAAGGAGAACAAGUACUACAUCCCCAGCGCGCUCUACAACAAAAACAGCUACCCGCCCUACGCGGGGGGCGGGGGCUUCAUCAUGGCUGGGUCGCUGGCCAAGAAGCUGCACAAGACCUCGGAGACGCUGGAGCUGUACCCCAUCGACGACGUCUUCCUAGGGAUGUGCUUGGAGGUCCUCAAGGUAUCGCCCGUCGGGCACGAGGGCUUCAAAACGUUUGGCAUCGUGAGGAACAAGAACAGCAAGAUGAACAAGGAGCCGUGUUUUUUCCGGGGGAUGCUGGUGGUUCAUAAACUGCUGCCUCCGGAGCUGCUCCAAAUGUGGGACUUGGUCCACAGUAACUUGACGUGCUCGAGAAAACUCAACGUCCUUUAGCUCAGUCUCUCUGGAGAGCUGGGACUGGAGGGGCCGGGGGCAGCUGCUCCCUGCCCCGGGGGCGCGGUGAGCCUCGGCUCGUGGCACACGAGGAGGGCAGAGGCUCCGCGGCCACGGGCAGGGCUUGUGAUAGUGUUUGUUCCUGUACUGUAACGUGGUUCACUUAUCUCCAGCUGGGUUGGGGGUUGCUGAAAAAGAAGAGAAAAAAAAGAAAAAGAAAAGGGAAAGAAAGAAACCCGAGCACUAAAUGGAGAGAGAAAGAGAGGGAAGAGGGUUUGCUCCCUGCUUUAGGUACCACCUCCACCAGAAGAUGAACGAUGGGGCUGGGGGGAGGCAGGAGGGACGUGGCACGCUUGUUAUUUUUUGGAGAUGUUCAGGGUCUGGCAACCCAGGGAAGCUUCUCCAAGGGGGCUGAGUGGUUUACAUGUACGUGAGCCCCCCACCACUCAGAAGUCAAGGGGAUUUUGUUGUCUGAACCGCCUGCUCCGUGCAAGGUUGAACCUGUGUGCCUUGGGCUCGCCCCCUCACAAAGUCCUCUCCGUGUCCCCAGUGUGCGGGUGGGGGAAAGGGGCCAGCCCCUCCCUGGGGCCAGCCCCGAGCCCCCAUUAGGGCUGCUGGUUUUCAGCCAGGAGGUCGGGGAAUCAGGGCUUUAUCCCCCAGUGGAGGUUCCCACAGGACUUUGGUUCCCGGUGCCAGCCCUGGCUGCGCAUGCGUCGCGCUCGAGCAAACACACCCAGCCAAAAUUCCUCAGGGAUUUGAUCUUCCUGGCAGGAAAGCGAAGAGCCGGGGUGGGCUGUCCUUGCCCACGGCCAGGGAAGCAGCAGGGGCACCGGGUCAGCCCCAGGUGGGUGCUGUGGGCAUCGCUCCCUGCCUGGAGCGGGGUCCCAGGUGAAGAAGGGCUGGUGCCGUGCACCGCGUCCGCUCCUCUCCGGGCUCUCAGAGUGUGCAUUUCUAUAUGGCGGGGCUGAGGAGUGUGACAAGGGGUGACACCACACGGCAUGGCCCUUUUUCUGCUCCCCACCAUGUCUUAGGGCUGCUGGAGGUGUCAGGGUGAGCCCCAAGCCAGCUUCUGUGGUGGAAAACCCAUGCAGCGACGUGGCCACGCACCCCUGGGUGCUCUCCAAGCCACACGACUGCCAGCUGUGCAAGGCCACACGCGUGUGCAAAGCCACAUGGGCUCCGGUGUGUCACCUUCUGGGGCGGGGGCACAGCGUCUGUACACCAGACACCAUCCCCGAGUGCAGGGUUUGUGCAGCCGACUGUCCCUGUGCGUGGUGGACGUGCACAGCCACAGCCACGGCCCUGAACACGAGCAGCGAAACGCGCACACGUGUGCUCUCUCUCCUCGCUCUCUCUCUCUCUCCUUCUCUGGUGCCAGACAUUGAAAGGAAAAAAUUUUCUACUACCUCAAAGGUCCCCCUGUGCAGUGCCUUUUUUUUUUUUUUUUUUCCCCUUAAUGUGUUCUGGAAACGUGCCUGUUUCAUUCACUCCAAGCCUGUAUGUUCCCCAGGUUAGAAAACAAACAAGAAGGGGCGCGCGGCAGCCAAAAGAGCCACCCGCGCGCCAAGCCACGCCACUUCCCCUCUGCAAAUGCCCCUCGUUGGCUCCGACGAGCUGCAAAUUUUGGAGAGGGAAAACCAGAAAAAAAGGGAAAAAACAGAAAAAAAGGGGAAAACCGUUGGGUGGCAGGGCUGGCAUUUGAUUGACGACGUGCCCGGCGGAGCUGCGGCCCCAGGGCACCUGCGGGGCAGAGCCCGAGGGCAUGGUUGGUGCCCGCUGGGCACCGAGCACGCGGUCAUUUCCCAUCCUCUCGGUCGUUUCCCAUCCUCUCGUGGGUUCAGAAAUGCUUCCCCAAAAGGCACCUCUGUCCCUGAUGUCGGGUAUGGUUCCUUGGGCUCUCUGCUUGCCCCGUAGGUGGGGGCGGCGCUCGGAGAGCCGGGGCCGCGUGCCGAAAUCUUUCAGUGUUGGCUCUUCACCUGGCGGGACCUGUACGGAGAAACCGUGUAGAUUUGGUGAAUAUUUUUAGUUUCUAAAUAAAGGUUACAAGAAGAAGGAGAAGAAAUAAAAGCA